AUGGCUUUCUUUGUGAAAAGUAUGAUAAGCAGCCAGAUAAAGAAUUUAGGGUUGGGGGGCCGCUCAGAGGAGAAGAGUGAAGAAGGCAGCCCUUCGGACCCUGCGGCAGCCCAAGGCAUGACGAGGGAGGAGUAUGAAGAAUUCCAGAAGCAGGUGAUCGAGGAGAAGAUGGAAAGGGACGCCGCCUUCACCCAAAAAAAGGCCGAGAGGGCGUGUCUGCGAGUCCAUCUCCGCGAGAAGUACAGGCUUCCAAAGAGCGACGUGGACGAGAGCCAGAUCCAGGUGGCUGGCGACGACGUGGACUUGCCCGAAGACCUCCGGAAAAUGGUAGAUGAAGAUCAAGAAGAGGAAGAAGAUAAAGAUUCUUUCCUCGGGCACUUGCAGAAUCUGCAGAACGUGGACUUGGACGCCAUCCGAGAGAAAGCACAGGCCACCAUAACAGAGAUCAAGCAGACGGCAGAGCAGAAGUGUUCUGUGAUGUGA